AUGGACCCUUUGGAUGUGAUUAAGGAAAGCCUUUUUUUACGAGACUAUUGGAUCAGCCAGGAACCUCUCAGUUGGGAAGCCAUUGGAUAUCUCACCAGUUUGAUUGAGAAAGCUCCAACCACAGACAAGCGCAGUGCAUUUUACAACUUAUCUCAAGAUCUGGAGAAACUGUACACAGCAUUCAUUGAUGACAGUUUAGUGAAGAAACAUAUACAAGGAAUCAAGAAAAGCCUCAACUUAUCAAGUGGCCGUGGUGUUAUCAAUGAGUUCUGGGAGAAGCAUGCUACUACCUUGAAGGAUUUAUCUCUCAAGAACAGAACUAGCCAAUCUGUUGUACUUAGCUCAAUGAUGAAAACUGCCGCAUUUGCUGCUGCGUCUGCUGCUGAUGCCCAUUCUUCCUCAUCUACUGCUAUUUUUGCUGAUACUGCCCACUCGCCCUCGUCAUCUGCUGCUGCUACUGCUCACUCAUCAUCGUCAUCUGCUGUUGAUACUGCUCACUCAUCAUCGUCAUCUGCUGCUGCUGCUACGCAAUUCUCCACAAAUAAGCGAAGCGAUCAGACCCAUAUCGAAACCAGGAGACAGAAAAGACGCAGCCAACAGUCGAAUAAUGAUAUUAGUGAAUCGGACAACUUUUUUGUUGCCGGCCAAGACGCAAGUGUUGGUACUAUUAUUAAAAAGGGAGCCAUUGACAUGCAUUCAAAACUACUCUUGAAACAAGCUCUGACUGCACGACAACGCAAGAUUAUGACCAACGGCCUCUCUUCCAUAGUGGACCUCUCUGACAAUUCCCUCGCCUCGCAAAGAAGCCUGUUCACAGAAUCCGAAUGGUCUGAACUACAGCUGUUGUUUGAUGAAAGGCUCAAGAUUGUUCCUAUUGAUCUGAAUGAAAGAGUCAAGGAUGUGAUCAUUAUUGUUGGUGGUACUUUAGGCUUGUCUGGUGACUAUGAUUGCUGUAUAUCGCUGGUCAGAGUGAAGAGGCGAGUGCAAUUUAGAUAA